AUGAUCAGGAAAUCAUUCGUUGCUGCUAACCCGAUCUCCUGUCGAGUAUUUCAAGGAGGAAAAGAAAAUAAGCCUGGAAAACCCUCUGAUGACACCAGUGGAGGUCAGGAAGGUGAGAUUGAAGGAACCUCCAGUGAGACCUCUGGCGAAGAAAGUGAUGAAAGUGAAGAAAAAUCCCAUGAGGGCUCCAGUAAAGAAAAGGAUGGCAAGAGCAAAGAUCAGACCCCUGAUGGUAGCGGUGGCGAGAGUGAUGAAAAUGAAGAAGAAUCCCAUGAGGGCUCCAGGAAAGAAAAGGGUAAGGAGACUGAAGACCAAACACCUGGUGGCACCAGUAAAGGCAAGGAUAAGAAGACUAAAGAUCAAACACCUGAUGGCACCAGUAAAGAAAAGGUAGGUGUUACGCAAGCAAAAGUAGAACAUAGUGAUGAAAGUGAAGAAGAAUCCCAGGAGGGCUCCACUAAAGAAAAGGAUGGCAAGAGCAAAGAUCAGACCCCUGAUGAUAGCGGUGGCGAGAGUGAUGAAAAUAAAGAAGAAUCCCAUGAGGGCUCCAGGAAAGAAAAGGUAGGUGUUACGUUAGCUAAAUUAGAACAGAUACGUGAUACAAUCAAAAGAGCAUUGUGGUCAUGA